AUGAAGACCUUCGCUCUCACCUCCAUCGUUGCCCUGGCCACUGUUGCCACAGCCCAGCUUAGCAACAUUCCCGCCUGCGCCCUGCAAUGCUUCAUCGGCCCUCUCACCAGCGAUGGUUGCGCUGGCCUGACCGACUUUGCCUGCCACUGCAAGCAAGGCGCGAAGCUGCUCAGCACCGUACAGCCCUGUGUACAAGGCGCCUGCACAGCCGACGACCAGGCCACCACCAUUGCGGCCGUCGAGAAGACGUGCCAGGACGCCGGUGUACCAAUUGAGAUCCCCGACGCUACAUCCGCUGCUAGCUCUGCUGUCGCAUCCGCGACCUCCGCUGCUGCAUCAGCCGCCUCUUCUGUUGCCUCUGCUGCUGCUUCCGUGGCAAGCUCAGUUGAGAGCGUCGCGUCGAGCGCUGCUGCGUCCGCUGCGAGCAGUGCUGCUGGCGCUAUCACCAGCGCUGCCAGCGCCGCCAGCAGCCACCUUGCUACGGCGACUUCCAACGGCACUGCGCCUGCUACCAGCUCAUCGGUCUCCGAGUUCACUGGUGCUGCCGCCCACGCUACACAGGCUGCCGCCGUUCUCGGCGCUGCCGCUCUUGCUCUCUUUGCCUUGUAA